AGUAUUCUUUUAACGCUUGUUGAGGUAGGAAGGCAAAAUUGCCGCACACUUAUCAAUGGGCAAAGCCUAUGAAUCACCUUAAGUUUUCAUCUGAUUAUAUUUCUUAAUAGCAGGGAAUAUUAGCAACAUGGACGAUAAAUUGGAAAAGUACUGGAGACGUCUAUUUUAUAUGAAGUCAGUUGCAGAACCUACGUCGUUGGAUGCUGAUACGAUAGAAUAUUUCGGAAUAUUCAGUAUUGACGAACCAAAUGUCGCUGCCCAAAAACGGUGGUACAUUUAUUAUGGCCUUAGAUUAGAAAGGUUAAAGGUUCUGGAAAGGAUUCGAAAGAAAUAUGGCAAUAGGAAUGUCAGAGAAAUAUUUCAGAUCGCCACAUUCAGCGGAGUGGGAUUUCAUAAAGUCGUCAGAGAAUAUUUCUCCAACUUAAAAUGGUUCACAAGCAGAAAUCAAUUGGAAGCUCCACUAAAUAGUUAUUAUAAUGAUGAAAGACUAGUGAAAACUGUUUCGGACUUGCAUAACAAGGAGCAAAAAAGAAUCUUUGACUAUAUAAUGAUACAACACGCCUGGUUUGAGCGGUAUAAUGAUCAAAAACCACCUCCUGCUAAACAUUAAACUAACUAAAAACAUCGACUUACAGUCGACAUCUGUUGACU